GGGCAGUGGGUUCGAGCUGAGCCGCUCCGGGACCCCGGUGGUUGGGGCGAUCGAGGAGAGUGGCCUACGGGUUCACGCAAAGGGGAGGGGACUGAGAACUUAAGCCCGCCUCACCCCGGAGCGGCCUGGUUAGACCUGGCUCGGCUGCUACCAUGAGGUCAAACGAGAACACCUUGCUGCUGGGGAAGAAGGUGGUGCUGGUGCCCUACACCGCAGAGCACGUGCCUAGGUACCACGAGUGGAUGAAAUCUGAGGAGCUGCAGCGUUUGACCGCCUCCGAGCCACUGACACUGGAGCAGGAGUAUUCGAUGCAGCGGAGCUGGCGGGAGGACACGGCCAAGUGCACGUUCAUUGUGCUGGAUGCAGAGAAGUGGCAGGCCCGGCUGAGCACCACUGAAGAGAGCUGCAUGGCGGGAGAUGUAAACCUCUUUCUCACAGAUCUAUGGGACCCUUCCCUGGGGGAGAUUGAGGUCAUGAUCGCAGAGCCCAGCUGCAGGGGCAGAGGCUUUGGCACCGAGGCUGUUCUCAUGAUGAUGUCAUAUGGAGUGACCAAACUAGGUCUGACCAAGUUUGAGGCUAAAAUUGGGCAAGGAAAUGAACCGAGUAUCCGGAUGUUCCAGAAGCUGCACUUUGAGCAGGUGGCCGUGAGCAGCGUCUUCCAAGAGGUGACGUUUAGGCUGAUAGUGAACGAGCAUGAGCGGCAGUGGCUUCUGGAGCAGACCAGCCAUGUGGAAGAGAAGUGCUAUAGAGAUGGGUCGUCGGAGUCCCACUGACAGCUGGCCUUGUUGGCAGCCACCCUGUGUGAAUGGGGGUGUUGGGACCACGCAGUCCAAAAGCCCAGAGCCCUGUAACAGAAGGUGAACUGUCGGGGCCUUUGGGGCAUAGGGCCCCUGGCUCCGCUGUAGCCUGGGACUCUCCUUGUGGGGCCCUUCAGACUCUGGGCUGGACUUGCCUUGGCCUCCCUCAGGCUGGCCAUGUGGAUGAGUGACUUCAGGGCCAGCCCAUCCUCCUGGCCAGCCCUGGACUCCUGGAACCUGGUGUGGACAGCGUGAAUCCCCAGGAGGCAGGGUGGAGGUGGGAGCAGAGGCGAAUGAGGGCCUGGUGAAUGGAAGGCCAGAGGUGCCACCCUGGGGUGGAGGCCCUGGCUAGGAGUAAAGCCUACUGCACAGCA